AUGGACGACCGAUUCCGCCAACACGGAUUGCCAAUGCCUGCCGGGGGCCAGUACCAACCUCUAGCUCCGCAAUCCUACAAUGGCCCGCAAUCCCACCUCCCCACCCUACCACCCCUCCACGGCACCGCCUCGCAGUUUCCCUCACUGUACGGCGGCCAUGGUAGCAACCCCCAAACUCCUAUCACGCCUCACACCCCAGCGACAUCUGCAUCAUCAAAUUCGAGUACUACCAUCCCGCCCAUCGCGCAACACCCUCCGCUCCGGCCUAUCCAGCCCUCUCCGUCAUCUUACCUGUUGUCGACCUCUUCAUAUGCGUCGUCACAGGCUCCUCUACUUCCAACUGCUGCCGCCCACUCUAACGCACACCAGAUGGCUCCGGCGCCGUUGUCAACAGGAUUGCAGGAUGUUCGUAUCGGUGGUCUUGGUCUAACUCCCCACUCCCAACUCUAUCCUCACCCACCCAUUCUCCCAAACCAGGAGCCAGAACCGGUGCACGUCGUUGGCCAACAAGGAAGACGAGGCGUAUUACCUACCCACCCUGGACGACCCGCUCCUGCCGCAGGAAAAGCCCCAGCAAAUCCAAACAAGAACGCAGAUGGCAAGUACGAGUGUCCUCAUUGUAAUAAGACGUAUUUGCAUUUGAAACAUCUGAAACGACAUCUGCUCCGACAUACGGGUGAGCGACCGUAUCAAUGCCAUUUGUGCAAAGAUACUUUCUCUCGAAGUGACAUCCUUAAGCGUCACUUUCAAAAAUGUUCCAUAAGGCGAGGUAAUCCGACGGGUGCAAGCCAUCUGCAAAAUGCCCAGUCUCACCUGCAGAAGAAUAGGCCACCAAGCGUUCCAGAGACUAACGCGUAUCUGAACCACAUCAACACAUCUGUGGCUUUCUCAGAUGGUACCUAUGGCAGCGCACUCGUCGGGAUGCAACCGAUGCCUUCGAUGGCACCUAUGCCUACCGAAACGUCCGGAUAUGGUGAUGGUCUUCCGCCCAUGAGUGCGCAAUCAAUGUCCGCCCGAACCUCUCGUUCUAAUAGCCUGAUCCGCCCUGGUAGUGGCAUCGAGGAAAAUAGGCGGAGCAUAUCCACGCUGGAGUUUCCCAAUGGCCGAGUGAAUUUCAAUGGGAAUGACUUUCGAGGACCAACUAGUAUCCAAAAUAACCUCUCUCACGACCUGAGUACCUAUGCAUCUCAGCAGAAUCAGAGUUCUAGCGCUGUCUCUCGGACCACGAAUCCAUAUGGCUACGAUCAUGCUGUAGCAAACCCGGAGUUGACGCAUGGUAACAUGCCCGUUAAAACGGAGAACUCGAGCUCAGGCUCCUACCAACGUCCAACACUACCGAACGUUGAGGGAAUGACCAAUGCGCAAGACAAUGGUUUGAGAUGGAGCGGUUCGUUCAAUACAGAGCCCCAGGACAACUUCCUUGUUACUUCCAGUAUGGCGAGUGGCCCAAAUCCCGACAAUCCCACAGAUGUUCUGACCAUCAAUAUCGGGCUGUAUUCCAACGCUCCUGGGUUUGUCGACUCAGCUCCAAUUCUUGACAACUGGGUUCUCGGCCCAUCUGACCCCCUGCAGAACAAAGCGGGGGCGUUGGUAGAAUAUUGCUACCCUAAUCAAUCCCUUAUCGCGGCCGAAUCGACAGAGGCCCGCGCCCUCGAUUCAUUAAAAGGGAUGCUCACCGUGGAUAAUCUCAAGCAUUUCCUCGAGGAGUACAAAAAUUUUCAGAGUCAUUGGCCAAUGAUACAUAUGCCUUCCUUCAACCCUAUUACCGCGAACGAUGGACUUCUCCUUUCAAUGGUUUGCAUUGGCGCUGUAUAUUCCGAUAGACUAAGCAUGAACGAAGUGCGCUGGUUGAUGGAACUGACAAAGAGCUCCAUAUACAGGUCUUCCAAUGUGUACAAACUUGUCACUUCAAAUGCCCACGAAGUUGUUGAUCCGAACAACCGGUCUUUGUCCGACGUCGAAGAGAUCCAAGCCUUGGUACAUCUUGUGGCACUAUUCGUCUGGCAUGGCAGCAAACUACAACGACAGCAAGGGCGAGACGAAUUCUGGGUUCUUACUGCUAUUGCACGCCGUGUCGAUCUGCUUAGUCCAAUUACUAGCGGUCGUCAAAAUUCCAGUACUCUCCACCAACCUGGACCGCUCGAUUCUACCCAACUUAGAGCGUGGUCCUGGUCUACUUGGGUCGAGCAAGAGAAGCGAUUAAGAACCAUGUACCUUAUUUUCCUACUGGACGCCGCGCUCUGCAUGUUUUUCAACCUACAACCCCAGUUCGACAUUUAUGAUAUUAAGCUUCCUCUUCCUGCAGACGACGCCGCUUGGGAGGCGAGAACACAGGAGGAAUGUGCAACUGCUCUUGGGUUAAGAGGAGGGAGUCCAUCAGUCAAAGACACAACUGGAAGUGGACGCGCAAAGCAAAUUGGAAUGUUUGACGCACUUCAACUGCUUCAGAGGGGCGGAGACUUUCCUCAAGGGGCCACCAACGUUUACGCCAAGUUCAUCCUUGUCCAUGCUCUUCAUGUACAGAUAUUUAAACUACAACGACAGAUACUCGGGCUGAGCCAAUCCCUCCCUGCUUAUGGCGGUUUUUCUUCAAGCGGUGCCAGCACGCCACACUCUCAGAACGAUUGGGACGGUACGAUGAGCAACGGCAACAGCGGGCGGGUGACCCCUACUGAGGGCACCAAUGGUCAAUACUCCCAAGCACAGCAAAAACUUCGCCUGACGAUGGGCGCACUGGAGGUCUGGAAGAGAGCCUGGGAUGUCGACAUGCAAACGCAGUACCCUCCACAUCAACGGAGGGUUGGCUUCUGCAGAGAUGGCAUACACUUCUACUUCCUUGCUAAGAUUUUCCUCCGAAGCUCUCGACACGAAGAAUGGGCGGCACAAGCGGACAUCCGUUGUCAACAAGUGUUUAGUUUGUUAAAGCAGAUAAAAACCCACGUUGCCUCGGAACAGGCACAGAAAGGGCUCGACAUUGGCUCAGUGACAACCGUGGACGACAAUUAUGGCAUUGCAGACCUGACGCUGAACAUGAGGCUUCUCUUUACCCCCAUUGACCGGCCGUCCCAUUGA